AAACACUUUUGUCACAAAGCGUAGCAGUGUUGCCGUUAAUUCUUGUCUUACAGUAUCUAAACAAAAUCCAUUAAUUUAUCUAUGUUCGGAAUUUUAUUUCUUUUUUUUUAAUAUAGAGAAAAAAUAAUAAUAUGUUUAAGAAAUGGAUUUCUUGAUAUAAUACACAAUAUGUAACAGAAACAUAAAAAUAAAUAUAGCAACAAAAUGGUUAUCACUUGAAUAAUUAUUACGAUUAAAUUGACAAAACAAUAUACACAAAGUGAAAUUUUAAAGAAAGAAAACGUACUUAACAGGGUGAAAUUUUCAUAUUAAAAUGGUUAUUGGAAACGAAGAAAAUUCACCAGCGCCUGCUUCACCUCCAAUAGAUCAGGAAGAUUCGCCACCACUACCACCUCCACCAAGUGAGGCACUAGGUGAAUUGCUGGAACAAAUGGAGGAUUAUAUACCAACAGUACCAGAUGCUCUAACAGCACGUUUUCUUAAUCAAGCUGGUUUCGAGACUAUGGAUCCUCGUAUUGUGCGCAUAAUUUCGGUUUCAGCCCAAAAGUUUAUAUCUGAUAUUGCCAACGACGCGUUGCAGCAUUGCAAGACCCGCACAAGCAGCCAACAUUCUGGCGGUCACGGUUCGAAUAAGGACAAAAAACCAAAUAAGGAUCGUCGUUACACUUUGGCUAUUGAAGAUUUGACACCAGCCUUAGCUGAUCAUGGUAUAACUAUGCGAAAACCGCAGUACUUUGUUUAAAUUGCGAAUUCCAUCUGAAAUUCUUUUUAUUUUCAACUCAACGAUAAUCAAAUUAAUAAAUUUUGUCAUAAUUGAAUAAAUAUCACUGAAAACAAGCCCUCGAUUUCAUAUAUGAUUAAGAUAAGCAACAAAGAAUGUUGAGAAAAUAUUAAUUUAUUUUUUACAUCAACUUGAUAUUUUGAAUAUUCCUUAAAAAUUAUUUACGUGUUAUCUUUAAAAUGUAUAGAUAUUCAGCAGGAAUUCGUCUUUCCAUAAACUUAAUUGCCGUAAAACCCAA